AAGUUUACUGACACCUUGAACACUUGUAAACAGAACUUUCUACGAUGGCGCACACCAUGUGGUCGAUAUUGUUGUUACUUCAAUGUGGGUUUGGACAAAGCGCCCAUAAACAUCUCCAUGAGGAUCAUUACAUAGGCCAGCAGCACAACCCUGACCACGACAUGGCUGUACUGCUGGGAGAGCAGAGCACCGAUGAGAUAAAGAAACUUACCACAACAGAGCAAAGGAAGAAGAUGAUGGAAAUUUUUAAUAAGAUUGAUACAAAUAGCAAUGAACUUCUAAGUGCAGAGGAGAUCACUCAAUGGAUUCAGCAUGUCUACAGAAAGUAUGCUCUGGAUGAUGCAGCAGAGCGAUUCCCAGAGUUCGACAUCAACAAAGACGGUGUUGUGACAUGGGAGGAAUACAACAGCGUUGCUCAUGACCAGCUUGUUAGUUUUGAUGACGACACUGUUCUGGAGGACCCAGAGCAAGAGUCUCUUAGACUUCUCCACCUGAAGGAAAGGAGGCGCUUUGAUUUUGCAGAUGUGGAUGGUACAGCUGGACUGAAUGUAACCGAGUUUCUGGCCUUUACCCACCCAUCUGAAGUGGAUCAUAUGGCUGAUUUUGCCAUUGAAGAUGUAUUGAGUGAAUAUGAUACAGAUAAAGAUGGAUUUAUAACUCUGAGCGAAUUUAUUGGAGAUGUACGUGGUGAGGAUGAUUCUCCUUCACAGUGGGAGAUUGAAGAAACGGUGCGAUUUAAAGAACUGUAUGACCAAGAUAAGGACGGCAAGCUGAAUCGAGAUGAUCAGCUGCGUUGGGUUGCACCUAAUAGUUAUGGUUCAGCAAGAGAGGAAGCUCUUCACCUCAUCAAGGAAAUGGACCAGGAUGGAGAUGGGCAGAUUUCAAAGGCAGAAGUUUUGAAAAAUCAAGAAACAUUCAUGAACAGUGAAGUGACCGAUUAUGGCAGACAGCUGCAUGUGUCACAUGAUGAGUUAUAACCAUGUUUUUUUUUUUUAUUGUUGAGUUUUCAUAUUUGUCUUCAAUGAUUAUGUAAAGUAGAUAAUUACCUUUGUUGUACUUUGAGAUUAGUAACAUUUUUUUACAUCACUCUAUAAAAAUGAAUGAUUAUCCCUGACAGCAACCAUUUGUAAUCUUAUGUAAUGUAAGUUGCAGCAAGCACAUUUUGUCAUGUUACAGUUACAAACGAUGAGCUGUGAAAUGACUCAAAAUCCAGAUCAACGCCAGGGGAAUUACAAAAUGGUACAAGUUGCAGCACUGGUUGCUGGCUAGUAUUACAUUGUAAGAAAUUUCUGUUAUUGUGUCAGCGCUAUGUGUAUAAACUCCUAAAGGACAGUGCUGCGAGUUUAAUUACAGAAUGUUUUCAAGGACAUUUUAACAACAACACAAGAAAUACACUUUAUUGUUUUUCAGUCUUUUUUCAGUUAAACAGUCAAUA